AUGGAAACUUUCGGUUCCAGAAGACAGAAUCAGUGUCCUCCCGGACUCACUUCUUUAUCGUCUCGGUUGCGGCUUUCAAUUCCAGGAGAAGACAGAAUCAGUGCUCUACCGGAUUCACUUCUUUAUCACAUUCUUUCUUUUCUUCCAAUGAAAGACACUGCCGCAACAACGGUCCUCUCAAAAAGGUGGAAACCACUCUUCCUCUCACAACUCAUACUCAACUUCGAAGACAACCCUUUUCCAAACCCUUCGCAAUUUCGACGAUUCCUCAACUCCUUCAUCGCCGAGCGAGAUAAUAAUCUACCUAUCCUCUCAUUCAACCUCAAAUGUCGCUUCCGCUAUUUCAAGUACGAUAUCACCAAAUUUGUUACUAAUGUAGUUCAACGAGGAGUUCAAAACUUAAGCAUUGAUCUAUUAUUCCACGGCAGAGUCCCUACUUGCGUUCUAACUACAAAAACCUUGGCUGUACUCAAAUUGAAGAGGUUAACAUUUGAUGUUCCACACGUUCAUCUUCCGUCACUAAAAGUUCUUCACUUAGAACAUGUCACUUUCGGAUAUUUUGAAUAUAUCACCAAACUUCUAUCAGGCUGUCCCAUUCUAAACGAAUUGGAAACGAAGGAUUUAUUCAUAGAGCAAUAUUCUAGGGUUCUAAGGGUGGUGGUUCUAAGCCUUCCCAAUUUGGUAAGAGCUAAUAUUUCUGAUGAUCUUAUUCGGUACGAUUGGCUUCAUAUGGCGCAGCAUCUGCGCAUACGACAGUGGUAUAAGAUAGCUAGCUUGUGGCUUGCUCUAAAAUGGAUCAAGGAAGAAGUUGGCUAUAUCUUUUUACAGAGGUCUAGGAAGAAGUUUCGACAGUUAUUUUUUCCUUUGGGAGAUGGUAUUCCUUUCCAUGUCUUACACACACUUAGCUCUGGAACGUUGUCAAAGAAUGAGAGUUGUUAUGGUUUAUCUUAUGAAACUCAAUUAAGGUAUGAUGAUGGAAGUAGGACUAUAGAGAAGCAUUGA